AUAACCAAUAAUGAUGAUAAUGUCUUUUUGCAGUGGUACAUUGAACGUCACCAACAUGAAAUGGUAUGGAAUUCCCCACUGGAAUCUGGAUGUUGAACAAUUAAGUAAAGACAGUGACUCAAAUGCAAUCCUCAAAUACACACUCUGGUGGCCAAGAUUCGAGUUUCUUUCACAAUACAGUCUUGAAACAAAUGUGGCUUUGAUUCCUGGAAAGGUUUCCGGAUAUUUGAAUGUCACCUUAGCCAGCACCUCAUGGAGUGGUGAAGUCAAUUUCACCAAACCAGGUUUCAAUCUAGCAGAAGGAAUUGAAGAACUCACUUUGAACUGGAAUGCUGACAAAGUGAAUUUCGAUUUCACCGGUCUUGGAAUUUUCGGUAAUGCAGUUUCUAAUACAAUGAGUGGAUUAGUUAAAGCGUUCCUCGACAGUGGAAGCAUGGGAAAUGCUCUUGGGGACCGACUGAAGACAAGAUUGAACACUGUCUGGUUCCAACAUAACGAAAGGAUCGAUAAGAUUUUGGAAUAUUGUAGGAACAACUGAGAUGUUAUUUGAAAAUGUAAAUUUCAGUUAAUGAAUAAUGAAUAAACAUUAUUUUACUACAA